UGAGGGCCUGCAGGGUGGGGUGUGCAUGAAUAUGUGUGGAGGGGACUGAAAAGCCUUCCUCUCUCUAUUCCCCAAACGGGGUAACUAGGGUAGACCGAUUUGGAACAUAGACACACACAAACAUACUUAGCAAGGGGAGGCUGUGGAGGUGGGGGUGAGCCCUACAGUUGCUCAGUGACACACAUGCUCAUAAGGAGCUCAACCCUGAAGAAAAACCUGGAGGUUCCCUUUUGUUUUUCAACUCAAUGAUUGAACUGGAAUAAGUUAUAAACAGUUUUGAUACGAUCUGAGUUCAGUUGGAUUCCUUUUGUCGCUUUGUGGCUCUCGAGGAUAACUUGUGUGAACAUUUAUUUUAACUCACUGCUGCCCCGUUUAGUGUGGAGAUAUGUUUUGGAAAACUGGUGUCUGAGGCUCCAGAACAAAAAUCAGACAACAAAUAAGAUCCAUCACAGCUCUUGUUCAUGGUGACUGAAGAGACUACCAAAUAUAUCCCCGUCUCUAAAUGUUACUAGCUUGAUUCUUUGAGACUUAGAUGAGAUUAAAUAGAUCCUAAUAGAACUUACAGUCUUAUUGAAUCCCAUAAGGAAAAUAAAUGACCAAAGAGCAGAAGAAAAAAAAAUUCUAUCACAGCUGCAAAAGGAAGGAAGCUGUCCAUCAAAUUAUCAAUCAGAUCAUUAAUGAGUCCUUUUUAUUCGCAUCUUGUUUUUGGAAAGCCAACAUAUGAAAAAGAUUGCUAACAUCGACAGCAGGAGUCUCUUCUCUGUGACAUUUUAUGAUAUAAAUAACCUGAGGUGACAGUAAACAUAUUAUUGAUUUGAAGAUUUUGUAGAGAACAUUCCAUAGGCUAUUCGUCUGGUCGGUAAACACAACCCUGCUAUGCUCUAUUAACAGAAAAUAUAUAUUUUUUUAUUUAACAAAAUCUUGCUUCUAAUGGCUUCAAGAAGCCGAUACCUGGAGAAGUAGGUUGGUACUAUAGUUUAUAUAGCUUCUAGAUUCACCUGGUAGGUGAUAAAAAGUGGAGUACCAUCUUCAAGAGGGGAAAUGUCAAGGCCUCCAUCCUCUCAGACCACCCCUCAGUUCUACAGGGUCAGCGAAAGAGAUCUCACCGAGAUCGAGCUUCAUUCUGUGGACUCCAUCAAUGACCUCCACCGAACACACCACGAACACAGCCAAAAAGGAAGUAGACCUCCUCGUCCUGCUUACAUACCCUCCCCCAAUGGGAAUCUCUUCACAUGUGACGUGGCAGCUGUCAAUCAAAGAGGCGGUCCACUCAGCAGAAAAUGGCAGACCCGUCUACAGGAUAUGCUAACACCAAGUUCAUCACAUGCUUAUGCCAUGGGCUGUGCUAUCGUCACUUUGCUUCUGUUAACAGUGCUACUCAUCUUCUACUUUUUGGUCCAGCAGGGCGGCGCAAUCCAGAUGCUAACUGCGGCAGUGAGGGAGAAAGAAGCCACAGCCAAAGAGCUGUCACUACUGAUCCAAGAAUUAAAGGCACAAAGAUGUAACCAGACAGCUCAGGGAGGAGGAGAUGAGGAAGAUGAAUGGAAAGUGGACAUGUAUUUGCUUGUAAUAUCAGAGAUACUGCAAAGUGAAGUAGAACUGUGUCUAACAGAGGAUCACUCCACGAGGAGGAAGUGUAAUCCAAGACAUUUUAUGAAGGUGAUCUGUCAUUCAAGUUUAAGUGCUACUGAUGUGACCAUGUAGUUAAGAGAUGGUUGGUUUGUGAAAACUGACCCUCUUGUACCUGCCUCCAUCAUUACAUGAAAGGACUUUUGACUGUACACUCACAUGUUUAGUCCUGUGACAGAACCGUCAUUGAAGCUGUAAAGAUGGUUGGCUUAAUUGAAUGGAGGCAGAAUAUCUUUUGUCACACAAAAAUCUACCAGCUGUUUUUAAUUUUAACUCACUCUUGUUUGUAUGGAGAGGACGGUGUCAGUGUCAUUUUUCCAACAUUGUGCAUCAUUGUGUGAGCAGACACAGACGUGAACCUGCCCUACAUCACAGUUUUCAUUAAAAACAACAACA